AUGGAUCCCUAUGACAGUGACUCGAGUCUCGAUGAAGACUUCACUGAUACUGGUGUUCUUCUCGGAUAUGCCGCUGAAGAAGUCAUUGAAGACACAAUCAGUCAUUUAGGAGGCUGGCCCAAAUGGCUCGACGAGGCCUCCCCUGCCCCGGGUGAUUUUGCCAACUGCAAAGUCUGCAAUAGUCCCAUGCUCCUCCUCCUCGAGUUGCACGGUGACCUACCAGACCACUUCCCAACCGACGAACGGCGCCUCUACCUAUUCGGCUGUCCCAGAAAGCCUUGCAACCGCAAGCCCGGAAGCAUCAGAGCCUACCGCGCAGCCCGCAAAGUGACAGUCGGCACUGGAAAGCCCAAGCAAAUCGACGAGCCCAAGAAUGAAGCCCCGCCAUCUGCAGAGCAACCAAAGCAAGACCUCGGCGCAAGUCUGUUCGGCGCAACAACCCUAACCAACACGGUCUCCUCCAACCCAAACCCAUUCUCGUCCUCCUCCGGCCCAACACCCGCCGGUAGCAACCCCUUCGCGGCACCGGUGCCAGCAACCCCAACCGAGAAGAAGCCCACCCCCGCCAAACAAGAACAAUCCUUAGCGGAAUCCUUCGCGGACAAAGUGCGCGUCUCAGAGCCAAACCCCUCCGCUGCCACAAAACAAACCCCGGAGUCAAGCAGCGACACAACACCGUGGCCCGCGCAAUCCGCCUUCCCAACCCCAUACAAGAACUUCUACCUAGACGCCGAAUAUGAAACCCUCAGCCGACCUUCAACACCCACAGUUCCAGAUAAUGUCACCAUGGAACCGAUGGACGAAGACGGCAGCGGAGGCGCCGACCUAAAAGACACCUUCGAGUCGGAGCUCGACAGAGACUUUAUGAAAUUCUCCAUGCGCCUCGAACACAACCCAGAGCAAGUCUUGCGUUAUGAAUUCAACGGCGCACCCUUGCUCUAUUCAACUGGCGAUGCGGUCGGUGCGAGAUUCCAUGCUCUCAGUGCGCCCGGUGCGAAGGUUACCACUACCUCGCUUGGUGCGGGCAAUAUCCCUCCUUGUGAGUACUGUGGUGCGGCUCGCGUCUUCGAGUUCCAGCUUGUGCCGCAUACUAUUAGUAUGCUUGAAGAAGGGCGUGCUGGUGUUGGCCUUGGCAAGGAUGAUGCCGGCAUGGAGUGGGGGACUAUCAUUUUCGGUGUUUGCUCGAGGGAUUGCAGACCCGAUGAGCUUAACGUCACUGGCUGGAGAGAGGAGUGGGCUGGUGUGCAGUGGGAGGAGAUGAAAUAG